CGGGAGUGAACUUUCGCAGGGCAGGCGUCGCCAUGGAGUUGGUGCUCUGCGCCCUGCGUGUCCUGCUCGGAGGCUUCUUCGCACUCACCGGGGCGGCCAAGCUCUUCCCGAUCUCCGCUCCUGCCUCGGAGCAGAUGAGAGCCCUGUUCGUGCAGUUUGCUGAGGUGUUCCCAUUGAAGUUGUUCGGCUACCAGCCAGAUCCCAUAAACUACCAAACAGCGGUGGGGUGGCUGGAACUGCUGGCUGGGUUCCUGCUGGUCGUGGGCUCACCCGUGCUGCGAGAGAUCAGUAAUUUGGUCUUGACCCUGCUUAUGAUGGGGGCCAUCUUCACUUUGGCAGCUCUGAAACAGUCGCUGAGGACCUGCAUCCCAGCCUUUGUCUGUCUGGGGCUCCUGCAGCUGCUGGAUGUCUGUCAAUACUUAGCCCCAACUAAGAAGGUGGUCAGACACUCUGGGAAGAAGAUUCCAGGUGCCUUCAAAGAACCCUGGGAGUAGAGUCCCUUCGUGCCAUGCCGUAACCCAGUGGGAACAAGUGGCAUAGUCUACCUCCUUGUUAUGUCCAGGUCUUCAGUGUUGAAAGUGACACCUUGUCUAAGCCGCCCCAAUUUCCCUCUGUAACUAUGUUGCUCUGUUUUGAGGAUUACAUAUUACACAUAUUGAACAUUCCUCAUGGCAUGUGAAAGUAGGAAAUGCACAGAAAAGAAAUUUAAACCACCUGAAAUUCUGAUACUCCAAAUAACCAUUUUCAAUGCUUUGGUGUAACUGUACCUCUUGACUCUUCCUAUGGCUUUAUACAUAUAUAUUUUUUAAUGAAAA